AUGGCGGAAGUAUAUCUCAACGACGCCCGCCUACUCAAGUCAUUCAGCUCCGUCAGCAACCGUCCGAUCGACACAAGCCUUCAGCAACAACAUCAAAUGGAGAGCAAAGACCCCAUCGCCCGAUCUCCGAAAUAUCAAACAACCCCCACUGACAUCCGCCUCCACGGAACACCCCUCUAUCGACGUCACAUCGUCCCGAGUAUCAUCGCUCAAAGAAACCCGACUGCACCCCCGCUCAUAUCUUCCGGCCCCACCGGAUCCGCGAUCGUGGAAGCGGGGGAACGUCACAAUGACCCUCAUACUCCGUCGGCUCAAUCAUCCCGCAACAAGCUUGGCGCUCACCAUCAUUUCGAACAGAGGGAGUGA